CCUCGAAAACUCAAGACCCCACCCCCUUUCUUCUCCUCUGCAUUCUCCAAUAAAUAAACUCAAGCCAAGACUUUGCUUUGGUACCAUCUUUCAAGUUCCCACCAAGACGUACAAGUGGACCCCACAUCAGAUCCUCUCUCACUUGUGACUUGAACUUAAUUUUCUUUCGUCCCGUCGUGUGAUUUGUAACCCAUUCCCCUCCGCAAUCCCCAGCGGUCAGAAGAAACGAAGGAUCGAACUUGACCCGUUUCGGAUCCCGUGAUGGAGCUCCCGGAGAUGGAAAGCAUGGCGUCGGCGAUCGGAGUUUCAGUGCCGGUGCUCCGAUUCUUAUUGUGCUUCGUUGCCACCAUUCCUGUGAGCUUCCUCCACCGGUUUGUUCCUGGGGUCACCGGAAGACACCUCUACGCCGCCGUCACCGGCGCCGUUUUGUCAUAUCUGUCGUUUGGGUUCUCGUCGAACCUUCACUUCUUGGUCCCCAUGCUUCUGGGCUACGCUUCCAUGGUCAUCAGCCGGAAACAUUGUGGGAUCAUCACAUUUUUCGUAGCCUUUGGUUACCUCAUUGGAUGCCAUGUAUAUUAUAUGAGUGGUGAUGCAUGGAAGGAAGGUGGUAUUGAUGCUACAGGAGCCUUAAUGGUGAUCACUUUGAAAAUAAUUUCAUGUGUUAUCAAUUACGGUGAUGGAUCAUUGAAAGAAGAAAAUCUGCGUGAGGCACAGAAGAAAAAUCGGUUGGAAAAGUUGCCUUCAUUUUUAGAGUACUUUGGUUAUUGUCUCUGUUGCGGUAGUCAUUUUGCUGGUCCUGUCUAUGAAAUGAAGGAUUAUCUUGAAUGGACAGAGAGGAAAGGGAUCUGGAAGGCUUCAGAGAAAGGAUCACCAUCACCUUAUGGAGCUACAAUUAGAGCUAUUGUCCAAGCUGCCAUGUGCAUGGGCCUGUAUUUGUACUUGGUUCCCCAUUACCCUCUUGCCCGAUUUAGUGAGCCAAUAUACCAAGAAUGGGGAUUUUGGAAGCGCUUGAGCUAUCAAUACAUGUCAGGCUUUACUGCUCGGUGGAAGUAUUAUUUCAUUUGGUCAAUUUCAGAGGCAUCAAUGAUCAUUUCUGGUUUGGGGUUCAGCGGCUGGUCAGAUUCUUCACCUCCCAAGCCAAAAUGGGACCGUGCCAAAAAUGUUGACAUAUUGGGUGUUGAGUUUGCCAAGAGUGCAGUUCAAUUACCACUUGUAUGGAAUAUACAAGUCAGCACCUGGUUAAGGCAUUAUGUAUAUGAGCGGCUUGUCCAGGAUGGUAAGAAAGCUGGUUUCUUUCAGUUGCUGGCUACGCAAACUGUCAGUGCUGUAUGGCAUGGAUUGUAUCCUGGGUACAUGAUUUUCUUUGUUCAGUCUGCUUUGUUUAUUGCUGGUUCAAGAGUCAUUUACAGAUGGCAGCAAGCUACGAGUGCGGCCCUAUUUAAGAAGAUUUUAGUAUUCUUGAACUUCGCUUACACUCUUCUGGUUCUUAACUACUCCUGUAUUGGUUUUUUGGUGCUAAGCCUACAUGAAACUCUUGCUGGAUAUGGGAGUGUGUACUAUGUUGGAACCAUUCUCCCGAUAGCAUUGAUCCUCCUUGGUAACAUAAUUAAGCCAGCAAAGCCUGCCAGAUCUAAAGCUAGGAAAGAACAGUGAGGUGUAAGAACUGGCUGCAUCUUUAGAUUCUUUAGGAGGACAGUCAGUUGCUGAUCAGAGUGCGUAACAUCUGUUUCAAUAGCUCAAAAAUUUUGCAUGCAGCCAAGGGGCGCAUUUCAGCAAUGUCAUUUUUUAUCCAAUCAGCAUGGUCUAAACAAUCAUGAUGCAUUGUAACUUAAAAUUUUUCAGGAAGCAUCCUUGUGGAAUUGGACCAGAUCAUUUGAUUUUAAAGCUUGUACUUGUUCACCUAUCCAAGGUGCUUAUUUCUGUUGGUCUGUCUUGAUGUUUUGAAUUCUGAUAAUUAACAAAAUUGUCGCUAGGGGCAAGGAAGAGGGAAAAUAGGAAGUUAGUUUCCUGGAAAAGAAGGACAGAAAGAAAAUGAAAGCUUGUUAUACAAUGUAAUGGUGAAAAGUCUACUUUCAGAAGUUAGAUUUUUCAUAAUAUUGAUGGUGCACUAGUUCCGGGAGCUACAGAAAGAUUAUUUACAGUCUUAAGUACUGC